AUGGCAGCGGCAUCGUUGAGGCAUUGUUGGAGAGGAUUUUUGCAGAACUCGGCCAAUGGAGCUGUCAGUGCUGUCAGGUCAAAAACUCACGAGGGAGUUCAACAGAAAUCUGCAGUACAGUACAUAUCAAUGCCAGAUCAUCCAAACCUGGCCUAUCGGAGAGUGAAAGGAAAGAGUCCUGGUGUCGUGUUCCUGCCUGGAUAUGGAGGAGUUCUGCAGGUCAUUAGGUCAUGCCUACCUGAGAUUCUCGUGGGCUCCAGUAUGGGUGGCUGGCUGAUGCUUUUAGCUGCUAUUGCUCGUCCAGAGAAGACAAAAGCAUUGGUGGGCAUUUCCACAGCAGCAGAUCAUUUCGUUACAGCCUUCAAGACACUUCCUAUAGAGGUGAGAAAAGAGUGUGAGGACAAGGGUGUAUGGACAAUCCCCACGAAAAGUAACGAGGAGGGCAUGUACACUUUGAGUAUGGAUUUCCUGCGUGAGGCGGAGAACCACUGCAUCCUACAGAGCCCCAUCCCUAUCACCUGCCCCGUACGUCUCAUUCACGGCCUGAAAGACGAGGACGUGCCUUGGCACAUCUCCAUGCAAGUGGCCGAGCGUGUGCUGAGCCCCGACGUGGACAUCAUUCUGCGGCGCCACGGCCAGCACCGCAUGGCUGAAAAAGAUGACAUCAAGCUCAUUGUCUACACCAGCGAUGACCUCAUAGACAAGCUUACCACCAUGGUGUGAAAAGCGUUUGUGAUUGGGCUACUGAG